GCCGAAAAGAAAGAAAAGCAUGUGCGUACAACUUUUGUCUUACGAGAUCAACGCCUUAAAUAAAAGGUUUUCACCCAACUCAUCGAGCGUCUCUUCUCAAUAACUCUCUGCUCUUCUUCUCACAAUUCGCUCACCACGCCCUCCUUCCGUUCCUUCUUCUUCUCGAGCUGCUGGAUUUUUCUUUAUCAGAUACAGUCUAAGUCUGCCUCGCUUCUUUUGAAUGAAUGGGACCCAUUAGAGGCUUCAAGCGGAGGAAGAAAUCUUCGGACCAUAAGGUUGACCAGAAUGCCUCACCUUCUACUUCUGCUUCAGCUGCUGCUAAGGACCAUGGUGCUUCUGUCCCUUCUCCGACCGAUAAAGCUGUUGAUUGGUGGGACGAAUUCUCCAAGAGGAUCACUGGGCCUUUGUCUGAAUCAAAGAAUGCAAAGAGCUUUGAGUCCCUUUUCAGAAUUUCAAGGAAGACUUUCAACUACAUAUGUUCCCUAGUGAAGGAUGAUUUGGAAGCUCGGCAGUCAAACAUCUUGGAUCUAAACGGGAAGACAUUAACUCCACAUGAUCAAGUAGCUGUUGCUCUCCGCAGGCUGAGUUCAGGUGAGUCAUUAGCAAGCACAGGUAACGCCCUGGGAAUCAACCAAUCAACUGUUUCCCAAAUAACCUGGAGAUUCGUGGAAGCAAUGGAGGCAAAGGCAGUCCACCAUCUCCAGUGGCCAGCAUCAGAAGCAGAGAUGGAGCAGAUCAAGAACAAGUUCAUGAAAAUCCGCAGCCUCCCCAAUUGUUGCGGUGUAAUAGACGCUACACAUGUUCUCAUGACUGUUCCUACAGUCAACCAUUCACAUGAAGUGUGGCUUGAUCGAGAGAAGAAGUUCAGCAUGGUAUUGCAAGCAGUGGUGGACCCCGACAUGAGAUUCCGUGAUGUGAUUGUUGGGUACCCAGGAAGCUUGAGCGAUGCUGUCAUCCUCCAGAGCUCAGGUUUCUUCAAACUAUGUGAAGAAGGCAAACGAUUGAACGGCAAGAAGAAGGAGCUGAUGGAAGGGACAGAGUUGGGUGAAUACAUUGUAGGGGAUGCAGGGUUCCCAUUGCUGCCAUGGCUCAUUACCCCGAUCCAGCACGCUGUCCCUGGUCAUCAGGUCGAUUUCAACAAGCGGCAUUCUGCAACACGCUCGGUUGCCAAGAUUGCACUGGCGAGACUGAAGGAGAUGUGGAGGAUAAUCCAUGGUGUGAUGUGGCUGCCUGAUAAGAACAAGUUGCCAAGGAUUAUCUUUGUUUGCUGCUUGCUGCAUAACAUUUUGAUUGACAUGGAGGAUAAGGAGUUGAAUGGAGUUCCUUCCUCCAGAGAUCAUGAUCCGGAUUACAGACAGCAGUUCUGCGAGUCUGUCUCAGAGCCUGGUAGUGAGAUCAGAGAGAAACUCUCUCUAUACUUGUCCAGAAAGCCUCCACCUUGAGAAGAAACCAAAUCUUGGGGGAUUUCAUCUUUUUGUCAACAGUUCUUCCUCUGACAUGCAGCUUUUCAGGAUAAUGUUACACCCUCCUUUUGCUCAUAGGUUUCAUAGUUACUAUUAGGAUUGGUGAACCAUUGAUCAUGAGUUCUCUUUUUUCUCCACAAUUGUCCAUGUUGAAUAGACAGACACAUUGUCAGCCUUUUUCUUCUGUCUCUUUCAAUUGUUGUAUAAGGAAGUAUUUGUGUUGAAUUCCAUCAUUUUUUGUAAUUAUGGAUAAGGAUUUGUGUGACCAAUUAUACAAUGCUUUCCAUCAGGAAGCUUGAGAUUGCUGGUUCAUCCCAUCUGGGAUCUCAUUCCCCUUGAAAGUUUUGAUCUUCUUUAGGAUCUUCUUCAGUAGAAGUCUGCCAUGCCAUGUUAGAAAAUCACUUAUUAGGAAUGGAAGUUUCGGUCGUCAGGUAAGUGACAAGUUGGGCCCAAACGAGGCCCACGAGGAAAUGAAUGUAUGAUCCAUGGGCCAACCUGUGAGCCCAUUAGCUUGAAAGCGGAGCUGAAUGGAUGGAGCUAGUCGUCUCCAACAGUCCAACCUCGUCGAGAUCGAAAAAUCCCCAAAGCAGAGUGGCGAAAACCUGAACGGAUCAAAUCGCUAGGGUUUAACGGUUUAAGCGCGGUGGGCUGUGCUAAUAGAAGCAAGGCAACUCCUCAAGGACAAGAGAUUCUGGGUCGCUUCGUUCCUAAUUGCCUGGGCAGCCGGUCUUUAGGUAACUUGAUUUCAUUCCCCUGUUUUCUGAUAUGGUUUUGCGCUGAAAACAUGAAAGCUGGAGUCUUUUAAUCUAAAUUAUCUAAUCUAUACUUUCUUUCUCCUGGAUCGAACAGGGGCAUAUGAUGUGGUUACAGAGGCGAGACUCCUUCAAGCAGAAGUUUGGCACGGGUGAGCAGAGCGCCAACAGCAGUAGCAACGAUGCGGAUACAAAAGAAGAAUGAACCCUCCUUGAACAUCUCUUCCAUUCGUGGAGUCCAAAUCUUUUAAUGGAGUUUUACCCAACUGGGUUGUUAACGUUCUUUUGUUUCAGACUGAGAUCAGAUUGAUUGUAACCAUACUCUUUUUGAUGGGUCAAUAAAAAAUACUAAAGGUUGUUAUAAUCAAUUUUUAAUGACUACCAAGUGUUCGACUAAAUGUCUCUGAGAAUUCGACGAAGGAUAUUAGAGCAAGCCACUUAUGGGAAGUUCUGCAGACACUGAACGGGCAGAAAAAUUAUCAAACUUGAACCCCUGCCAUUGUUCUUCACGGGAACGAAACCCAUAAAGGGAAAGUAUGAAGAACUGCCGAAAUCAGCUAGGAAGUUUUCAAUCAAGAAAACAGAGUUUCCAUA